AUGGACAGCGGUCAAUCUGCAGAUUCAUGGUGUAGUAGUACCGCUCGAGCAUUGGAUAUUUUCAAUCGACGUAGUUCACUUCUUGCUGUCUCACUUGGUGGAGUUAACAGUGAUACAAUUACAUCGUUAUCUACUUGCAAUCCGCCAAAACUUACCACACCUGCUUCUAAUUCAUCCAGUUAUCAACAUGUUAGUAGUGACAACAAUGGUCAUAGUGAUAAUCCAACGAUGACAUCCUGUUCUGCACAUAGUCUUGCAACAACAUCAGCAUUAACGUCUCCCGAAUCUAGUCAGACUAAUGCAUCUUGGUCACAGUUUGAUUUCCAUACUGCUUAUGAUUCCGAUUGCAACUCACAGGUUGCUCCCGAGCGUGCUAGCGAAUGGCGACCAUGCUAUCCACGUCUAUGUGCUUAUCAUGAUUGUGUAAGCCUAGCAUCGGCCUGGGGACUUGGUCCACCAACAACAUCCCUCGAGCCUCGUCCAACUGGAGCAUCUCAGGCUCAGAGUCCCUGUGAAGAUGAUAUGGGUGAUGGUAAAUCUAAUGAUUUAUUGGCAAAUUGUCCGGCUUUCAGAAAUGAAUUAGGUGGUGAACCAAUUCGUCGGUUGGCUCUUUCUCGUCGUUUCAAUGCUAUUUCAACUGAUGAAUUGAGAAAUCGAAAUGAAACUUGGCAGCGGGAGCAUACAGCAUCCGAAAUCGGUAUUCUGGAAGAUGUUAGCAAUGUUUACCUUGGUGGCAGGUUGUGCGCAGCACGUCAACAAAAAGUUGUCAUUGAACCUCAGGAUAUUGGAGCUUAUUAUUAUCGGCAUUGUUUUCUUGGACGUCCUCAUUGGAAUUUUUUUGGUACCGAUGAAACUUAUGGUCCAAUUGCUGUUUCCGUAGUUCGUGAACAUAUUGAAAGUGAUAUCCAAAAUGUUACCCUUUAUCGGAUGAUUAUCCGGCUCAGUGAUCUUUGUACACUACGAGUUGCAAUACCGGAAGAAGUUAUUUCGGAAAACAAUGCCGAUCAGAAAAAUGUUCGAUCAUUGAUAAAAGAAUUAUUGGAAAUUGCUUGUCCACAAAUAAACGUCGGAAUUCUUCGUCCAGUUAAUCCAUCAUUUACACGAGUGGAAGAUUUACUUGUCAAAAUUGAUGAACAGCCAAUUUAUACUCGAUAUAAAGUUGGCGUAAUGUAUUGCGGCGUUAAUCAAUUCACUGAAGAGCAAAUGUAUAAUAACGAAAAUGGAUCUCCUGCUUUCGAGGAAUUUUUAGAUUUUCUUGGGCAACGCGUACGAUUGAAAGGUUUUGAUCAAUAUAAGGGUGGCCUUGACGUACGUGAUGAUACAACGGGUACACAUUCGAUAUACGUCAAAUAUCAGGCACAUGAAAUAAUGUUCCAUAUAUCAACACUUCUUCCUUUUACUCUAAGUAACAAGCAACAGCUAGCUCGAAAAAGGCAUAUUGGUAAUGAUAUGGUUACUGUAAUCUUCCAAGAGCCUGGUGCUCUUCCUUUCAGUCCAAUUACUGUUCGUUCACAUUUCCAGCAUGUUUUCAUUAUUGUAAGAGCUAAUAAUCCAUGCACUGAUGAUGUGACUUACAGUGUUGCUGUAUCGCGAGCUAAGGAUGUUCCAGCAUUUGGACCUGCUAUACCUCAAGGAGCAACAUUUCCGAAAUCCUCUGAAUUUCAUGAUUUUUUCAUUACAAAAAUAAUAAAUGCUGAAAAUGCGGUGCAUCGCUCAAAAAAAUUCGCAGCAAUGGCAGCACGCACACGCCGCGAAGCAUUGAAAGAAGUCGCAGAAAAUUUUGCUUCAGGUCAUCCAAAUGAUGGACCUGCAAGAAUUGCAAGUCGAUUUUUGGUUGGAUCAGUGAAACGAAAAGAGCGCUUAUUACCACGGCCAAUUUUAAGUGAAUCAUUACAUGGAGCACUUUCAUGGCUUGUUGAAGUUUAUGAUUAUUCACAAAAUCAAUCGAUCACAUGUGUCCUUGGUGUAUCCGGUGAAACUUUGGUUAUUUUGGAGAUGCCAAGCGGUGAAGUUAUUUGUGCAAUACCCACACAUUCUGUUAUUGGUUGGGCCACUACUGAUUCAGGAUUGAAAAUUUAUUUUGACCAUGGCGAUAUGCUACAUUUGAGGUGUUGUACAGCUGAUAACAGUGAUCGGGAAUUAACUUCAUUGAUACGACGUUUGGAGUGUGUUACGAAAGGUGAUGAAGCUAAGGAAGUGCUACAUCGACGUGCACGUGUUUCCGAUAGCUUGGACUUUCAUCUGCAAGAAGAAGGUGUUGUUACCGAUGUGGAAAUGUAUCAUACAGCAUGGCGUUCUGGCCUUCGACAAGGAUCACGUAUUGUUGAGAUUGAAGGUAAACCAAUUGUUACAAUGAAUUACAAUGAAAUAUGUGGCCUGAUGGCGCAUCGUACCUCACUUCGAUUGAUUAUGAUUUCACCAGCAUCCGAUGGUUCACCUCGUAGAGGUUGUGCUGAUCCGCAUUGUCCCGCCGUAAGCGGUGAUGAGCAAUUGUUACUUAUGUCUGAUUCAUUCGCAAAACGAAAUAUGUGCUUUUUCAAUAGUUUUACAAAUAAACAACUUCGUACGCUCAAUCAUUUGGAUAAAAAUAGAAAGCAAUCAAUUAGUUUCGAAGAUGAAUCAUUCGUAAAGAAUAGACAUAAUGCUAUCAAAGAUUUUGCACGUUAUGGAAGACUUAAUUAUGUACACUUUGAAAGACCUGCAGGAAUUGAGCCUGUUCAAUGGAAAACAUUGAAUAACUGUUUGUAUGAAUCUACUUAUAAAGUACAGGGCCGAAUAUUGCGCGUCCGCUCUGAAGAUUCAUUAGUUUCAUCCACAGAAAACUGCUACAAUACCUUUUCCCAAUCGAAAAGCGAUACUUGCAAUCGUAAUCUUAUACCGAAAGUAAAGGAAUCUGGGAAGUUAGUUGCAACUAAUAAUGUUGAAUUGGAAAAGAGUAAAAUGCAAUUGCAAAAAACAUUGCGAGAAAAGCAAGCUUUAGAAGCUAUGAUUUCACGUUUGAAAGAGGAACUCACAAAAGAACGACGUGCCCAUGAAAUGACAAAACUUGAAUUGCAAAAAUUGCAAAAGUAUUUUGAAAUGAUACCAAAUGUGUCGCUGUAA